AUGUCUGCAGAACCUACCGUGGAGGACGCUCCCGCCAUCUCCUUGGUGGAUAACACUGUCCCUUCGCAACAACUACCAGGAGGAGAGCCCUCUCGACAAACCUCUAAACGCGCCCAUAAAGGCGGAUUGUCAAAACAUAUAAGCCGCACAACAGUUUCAGACCAACUAGCAAAGCGCAGAUACGCGAAAUGGCAACCUGAGAGGCUCGGUCUCUCGACAGACACCGACACAUCUCCUAGCAGGGAGUCGUCGCAAGUUCGAGGAUCAGUCUCAGCAGAGAGCUCAACGGGACGAACAAACACAAACGAGCCAGGCACGCCGGUACAACCGGACUAUGCAACAGAAAUAACCCAUGUUGACACUGCGGACUUUGCCCUUUCCCAAACUCGAAGCGCCACGAAUGAUACCGUGCAAUCAAGCGGAGAAGCAGGCCAACAGCCUCAAUCCGAUUCCGAAAUAACCCCCAAACCCCACACCGAGCUAGAUAUUUUAUACGAGAACCAGCGUGGCUGGUUCUUUUUUGGCAUCCCACUCUACUCUCACAGCUCCCUUCUCAACUUCGAUCCUAGCGCCUGGAUGACACAAGACAAGCGAGCUAGCCCCGUCAAUAUCACCAAUGCACAGGUCCCGGAUCCCAGCUGGGAAUGGGCGUGGCGGACGUGGUAUGUAGAUAUGUCAGGCGAUGUCGAUGAACAGGGAUGGCAAUAUUCGCUCUCGUUCGGCUCGUCCCAGUGGCAUGGUACGCAUCCGUGGUUUCACUCAUAUGUCCGGCGGAGACGGUGGAUUCGCCUACGACAAAAGAUCCCCGAGAGGCGGUACCGUGGACGCUCAGAGUUCGAGAAGGCGCAUAUGUUAACUGAGGACUACUUCACUAUCCAUUCUUCCAAGGUGAGGAGUCGUGAGCAAAGUCUUGCGCGAUUUUCGACGGUUGAGUCAGGCUAUCUGAGUCGGGUGAACACUACUUUGGACGAGGAAGAGCAUAUUGAUGAGAUUGGAGAUAUUCCUUCUCUCAUGUAUGCGUUGAAACUGGCAUCCAUUGAUCGAGAGAGGAUCGAUGUGUUGAAGCGAUUUGUCGAGCAAGGAGGAGAGGAACUAUAUUAUCUCAAUGAUAAGGUUCCAGAGAUCAUGCCCAUGUUUCUAUUUCAAGCAUCACGGUGGCAGUUCGUGACAUAUAUCCUGGGUGUCAUUCACCAGCUAUCCAAACCAGCCGAUCCUUCAGAGCAAAGGGAUGCGGACAAGAUACAACGCAAAAAAGAAAACCUUAUUCGGGUGGUCGAGAGCGCCAAACAACAUGUUACCGGGCCAGAGGUCUUCACCGAUAUCGCCGGGGACUCGGCAUCUGAGCUACUUGAUUUAACACCUGUCUCUCGGCAUAACACUUUGCUGUCUAAGCGAGCGCAGAUCUCCGAUGAACCAUUGCGCGUAAUGAAAGAGAAGGAGAUUGUGGGAAUCCCAAAGGCCGCGCAAAUUGGCCAUGAAUGGCACAUCUAUUAA